AUAUAAUUGACGAACCUAUUCAUAUAAUUUCCUACUUUGGGUUUGUAUUUGCUGCCGAGACUUAUCCUUCUAACUCAUCUCUUUUCCCAUUAUUUGGCUCACUCAGCAUCGUACCCGUCUCUGCAAUGUCUAGUUCAGCUGAUCUCGUUCAGUUAGCUCAGAAGAUCCUGUCUGAGGGGCCUUUUCGGCAGUCAUCUACGCCACGUCGAGUACGCGGUCUUUUUAAUGGCAAAUUUGUUUUCGAUACUGUAAACGCAGUUCACGUCUGGGAACAUCCAUACUACCCCCAAUACUACGUGCCCAUCGCAAGUUUCACACCAAGUGCAUCCCUUGAAAGAACAGCACCCAUCGAUGGUUCCAAUGAAAACGGUACAGCACACCUAGGAAGACUUGCGGUGGGAGACCGGAGCACCGAUCGAAUUGUCAUCUUCAACACUGGGACCUUGCACGAGCUAGUCAAAAUCGACUUCAAUGCAAUAGAUCAAUGGUUUGAAGAGGAUGUACGUAUCUACACGCAUCCAAAGGACCCUUUCAAACGUAUUGAUAUAUUGAACUCAUCGCGGCGAAUCAAGGUCACACUCGAAGGUGUGACCUUGGCCGAUUGUUCAAAUCCUCUUUUCCUUCUUGAGACGUCGCUCAGGCCGCGGUAUUACCUAUCGCCUACCAGUGUGAUGUGGGAGUAUCUCACAAAGAGUGAGACUGAGACCUAUUGUCCAUACAAGGGAAAGGCCAAUUAUUACAAUGUGAAUAUCAAAGGAAAAGUUUACAAGGAUCUCGUGUGGUAUUAUACAUACCCAACGGCCGAAAGCGUAACUAUAGCCGGUCAUCUAUGUUUCUAUAAUGAGAAAGUAGAUAUUUAUGUGGCAGGUGUGCAAGAACAAAGAUGAGACUUCCGAUCUGGAACUGGUUUCAUCCUCACAUGGAGGCGUUCUCGAAAUUGGAGAAGAAAAAGAACAAUAGCAGAAAU